UUUCCCCCCUCUCUUUCUCCGUCGCCACUCCGAUCUCUCCUCCGACUUCUCUUGUUCCCUUAUUAUAAGUAACCAUUUCGUCUCUUCUGAUUAUUUUCCCAACGUUAGAGCGCAUUUUCCAAUGGACUCGCUCUCGCCGGUGAUCGGACAGAGGCUGACACUUCCGGCGAGAGCUUCCGCUACUCCUCGUCUCUGUGAUCGUUCAUUUUUGUUCCGGUCGAUCAUCAUCGGAGGAGCUUCCAGAAAAUUCCCAAGAAUUCGAGUAAAAGCAGUGACUAAUAAAUUAAGAAGUUAUUCUUCGAGUAUUGAUUUUAGUGAUCCGGAUUGGAAGUCAAAGUAUCAGAAGGACUUCGAAGCUCGCUUUAACAUUCCUCACUUGACCGAUGUCUUCCCCAACGCCGUUUCGUAUCCUUCAACUUUCUGUCUCAAAAUGAGGACUCCGGUGACUGAGGAAUUUGCAGGAGGUUAUCCAUCUGAUGAGGCAUGGCAUGGAUACAUUAAUAAUAAUGAUAGGGUGCUUCUUAAGGUGAUACAUUUUUCCUCUCCCACAUCUGCUGGUGCAGAGUGCAUUGAUCCUGGCUGCACAUGGGUGGAGCAAUGGGUGCACCGUGCUGGUCCUCGAGAGAAAAUAUACUUUAAGCCAGAAGAUGUAAAAGCAGCUAUUGUAACUUGUGGGGGACUUUGUCCUGGGCUUAAUGAUGUCAUCCGACAGGUUGUAAUCACUCUUGAAAUAUAUGGUGUGAAAAAGAUCGUGGGAAUCCCUUUUGGUUAUCGUGGCUUUUCAGACAAAGAUCUAGCUGAAAUGCCUUUAUCCAGGAAAGUCGUUCAAAAUGUUCAUCUUUCUGGGGGAAGUUUGUUGGGAGUGUCACGUGGUGGACCUACUGUUAGCGAAAUUGUGGACAGGAUGGAGGACAGAGGGAUCAACAUGCUUUUUGUGCUAGGUGGAAAUGGUACUCAUGCUGGUGCCAAUGCGAUACAUGACGAGUGCCGGAGAAGAAAGAUGAAGGUGGCUGUAGUUGGUGUGCCUAAAACCAUAGACAAUGAUAUCAUGCUGAUGGAUAAAACAUUUGGUUUCGAUACUGCUGUCGAAGAAGCGCAGCGAGCAAUCAAUUCUGCUUAUAUUGAGGCUCAUAGUGCUUAUCGUGGUAUUGGAGUUGUGAAGCUGAUGGGGCGUAGUAGUGGAUUUAUAGCUAUGCAAGCGUCUCUUGCUAGUGGACAAAUUGACAUAUGUUUGAUCCCAGAGGUUCCUUUUAAUUUGCACGGACCUCAUGGUGUCCUGACACAUCUGAAGUAUCUCCUCGACACCAAAGGAUCAGCUGUAGUGUGUGUGGCAGAGGGAGCUGGACAGAAUCAUCUGGAGAAAACUAAUGCCAAAGAUGCAUCCGGCAACAUUGUUCUUGGUGAUAUUGGUGUCCAUAUUCAACAGGAGAUAAAAAAAUACUUUAAGGAGAUGGGUGCUCCAGCUGACGUGAAGUACAUAGAUCCUACAUAUAUGAUUCGUGCAUGUCGUGCAAAUGCCUCAGAUGGAAUCCUCUGCACUGUACUUGGCCAAAAUGCUGUUCAUGGUGCAUUUGCUGGAUACAGUGGCAUCACUGUGGGUAUAUGCAAUACUCACUACGUGUACUUUCCCAUUCCUGAAGUCAUUUCUCAACCCAGGACUGUCGACCCCAACAGCCGUAUGUGGCAUCGUUGCUUGACGUCAACAGGCCAACCGGACUUUCUUUGAAAAGAACGAGGCCAAUUACAUUUUUAGGAGAUGUAAGCAUUGAUUUUUCUCUGUAGCUUAGAGGUACAGAAAGCCAGUUCCAAAUUUUCCCUGGCUAAAAUCUGUUCACGGCCUUUUAUUUAUUUAGGUAAUAAGAAGAGAAACACUCCAAAUUCUUUUUUUAGAUAUAGAAAAUGGCAGUGCCAGUUCUGAAGAGGCAUCUCGAUA